CAACUGCUGAUAGCAAAACAGCCAAAAUGUUCAGCAAAAUCGUAGCUUUCGGUGCCCUCUUGGCCGCAGCCAGCGCUGGCCACCUUGACUACGGCCACGCCGUGUCUUCCCAAAGCAUCGUCCGCCAUGACGAGGGUCAUUACGCCCCGGCUCACUACGCCGCCCCGGCUCACUACGCCCCAGCUCACUACGCCGCCCCCCUAGUCCACGCCGCCCCUGUUGCUCACUACGCUGCCCCUAUUGCCCACUACGCCCCUGCCGCCCAUUACGAUGGCCAUGAUGAAUACGCUCACCCCAAAUACGACUACGCGUACUCCGUGUCGGACCCGCACACCGGCGACCACAAGUCGCAGCACGAGUCCCGCGACGGUGACGCCGUGCACGGCUACUACGAGCUGGUGCAGCCCGACGGCUCCGUGCGCAAGGUCGAGUACACCGCCGAUGACCACAAUGGUUUCAACGCUGUGGUGCACAACUCCGCCCCCGCCAUCCACGCCGCCCCCGCCCACGAUUAUCACCAUUAUUAAAUGGAAUUGAAGAAUGACUGCCUAAUGUUAUUUGUUUGAGCGCUAUUUAUAUUUUUGUAUGUGUUUGAAUAUGUGUAAAUAAAGUGAGAUUCAAUUAUA